UCAUAAUUGCAUGGUGUAGUAAUUGUUUAUGAUAAUCGUCCAUCUGCUUUAUAUAACCUUCGUUUAUCAAAGUUGAAUGAAAAUUUCGAUUUCAUAUUUCAUCAAAUCAAAACAAAACAAUACAAAAUAUCCCAUCUGUUAUUGUUAUUGGUGUUCGAUCUGUUCUGAUCUGAUCUGAUCAUCAUCUUCCGCCGAUUUUCAUCAAUUUCAACAAAAGGGCCAAAGUAAGCGAACAACAGCCAUGUUUGCUGACAGAUAUAAUUGGUUCCUGUCGUUGUUAUUUUGGCCAUUUUAUUAUCAUUUUUUUCUUGGUACAAUUAUUAUGAUGAUGAUGACGGCCAAUGUUGUUGUUUCCAUUCAACAAAAUGAUGAUUCAAGAAUUAUACGAAUGACGAAUUCAUUCAUCGGUGGUAACAGUAAUAUUGAUGAUAAUGGUCAUAAUAAUUUACUUUCAAGAUCUUCCUCAUCAUCAUCGCCAUCAUCAUUAUCAUCGACAUCGAAAAAAUUAUUUGCCAAUUCUCCGAUAUUUUAUUUAAAAUUGAAAUCAACGGCAAAUGCAUUAUUACAACAAUCAUCGUCUUCGACAUCGACAUUUAUCAAUAAUAAUAAUAAUGAAAUUACUUCCGUACGACGAAAAAAUUCACAAAUUUAUAAACUUCCAUUAAAAUUUGUUUCGAAUGCUAAACCCGUUCAUAUUCAUGGAUUAAUAAAUGAAUCCGGUGGUAAUGAAUCAAAUUUUCUGAAAAAUCGAAAUAAAAUCCUAACAUCAUUGAGCCAAAAAUUUCAUCAUAAACCAUAUACACCAUCAUCAUCAUCAUCAUCGAUGACAUCAUCAAAAAUAUUCUAUUUACCAACCAAAUAUCUAUCGAAUGCUAAACCAAUAUUUAUUAAAACUUUAAAACCAAUGAUGAUGAAUAAUGGUGAUGGCCAAAAAAAUACUUAUUAUAAUUAUUUAUUCUGAUGACAAUCAA